AAUGGGGCCAUAUCUAAGCUAACCAAAAAGAGAUAAAGCAACAACAACAGGUUCAGGAAAGUCUGUUAUAUUUGCUGCCUCAGAAAUGCAAGGUAUAAAUUAUAUGGAACAAUAGGCUGGAGAAACACUAUGGAGGAUGCUCAUAUUCAUAAACCUGAUAUUGUACAAGAUGUCUCUGUUUUUGGUGUAUUUGAUGGACAUGGAGGAAAGGAAGUUGCCUAAUUUGUUGAGAAACACUUUGUUGAGGAAUUAAUGAAAAAUAAAAACUUUAAGGAUCAAAAAUUUGAAGAGGCUCUUAAAGAAACCUUUUUAAGGAUGGAUGAAUUGUUAUUGACUCCAGAAGGAUAAAAGGAAUUAAAUACAUACAAAGCAACUGAUACUGAUGGUAAAUUGUUAUUAGAUUUUAGAAUCUUAUGCUGGAUGCACAGCCAAUGUAGCCUUGAUUCAUAAGAAUACUCUAUAUGUUGCUAAUGCUGGUGAUUCAAGAUCAGUUUUAUGCAGAAAUAAUAGUAAUUAUGAUAUGAGUGUUGAUCAUAAACCAGAUAAUCCUGAAGAGAAAUCCAGAAUUGAAAGAGCAGGUGGUUUUGUAAGUGAUGGUCGUGUUAAUGGUAUUUAUUUAUAUAAAUUUAAUUAUAGGUAAUCUAAAUUUAUCAAGAGCCUUGGGAGAUUUAGAAUAUAAACGUGAUAACAAGUUAAGAGCUAAUGAAUAAUUAAUUAUUGCUCUUCCAGAUGUAAAGAAAGUUGAAUUAGGACCAUAAGACAAGUAUAUAAUAAUAAUAAAAUUUAGAUUUAUUUUAAUGGGUUGUGAUGGUGUCUUUGAAACUUUAAAUCAUUAAGAGCUAUUGAAGUAAGUCAAUUCAACUUUGGGAUAAUCUUAAGUGACUGAAGAGUUAUUGAGAAAGGCUGCUGAAGAUUUAUUAGAUUAAUUAUUAGCACCAGAUACAAGUUAAGGAACUGGGUGUGACAAUAUGACAACCGUCCUUGUCUAUUUGAAAAGAUGAA